GGCCAGUAUAUAGCAAAAUCAAGAAGGCUUGAGCCAGCUAUGUUUGACAAGCUGUUUGCUGAAAUGUCGGAGUACUUUUACAUACAAAGUCAACUGAAUAAUCUCGUCCUUACUAUUGAUGGUUUUACACUGGGUGGUUUACUUGCGAUGUACCCAGCAUAUGGGGGUGCUAAUCAGCUCUGGACAUGGGGACCAAAUGACACCCUUGUCAGUAAAAUGGGUCUGGUAGCAGAUGUCAGUGGUGUAAAUAGAGAUGCAGGGGCCGAAUGCAUUGGCUACUUUCCAAAUGGUGGUGUCAACCAAAAAUGGAUCUAUAGAAAUGGCCAGAUAGUGAGCAUCAUGAAUAAUCUUGUUCUUGAUAUACAAGAUGGAGAUACAACAGUGUCCACCCCGGUUCAGAUGUGGCAAGAUAAUGGAACACUCCAGCAGAAGUGGAGUUUUGUUUCCGAAAGUGAAAUUUCCAGUGAAAUUUUUGGGGCACCAGAUUUAGCUGGGCGAUAA